ACCAGGUGGUCUGCCGCCGCCGCCGCACGAUGGGGGCAAUUUGAUCAGUCAAGACCAUGUACAUAAUACUGCUUACGUACUAUCUCAACAGACCUCAACAAGAAUAUUUACCGCGAUGAAGACAGCUCAUUGUCAUCAUUGACUUUCAAUAAACCCGGAGAACAGUAGUAUGAAUGCAAUCACCAUCUCUAGCAUUAUUUUCAAUUUUGCACAGACUCGACGUCAGCGGAUUAGCGUGCCACUGCCUGAACGAACCCAAAUUAGAAGGAGUCGUUCUUCAAGCUUCAAUAUUCAAUGAUAGCAUGGAUAUCCUUAUCCUGCCUUUCGAAAUUUCCAUUUGGAAUAGCUUCUGUUCGUGGAUACCACGUUUGUAUCGUGAUAAGGUGAGAUUUACUAUGCUGUGCUCGCGGAUGUACAUGACGAAUUGAUGCAGCUGCGGGUGACGAUACCUCGAAGCGCCGU